GUGGGGCUCAGCACAGAACAGUCGCGAGUUCUAACUACAAGAGUUGAUACUGCUUCCUACUGUGUGAUAUAUACGUGUUAAGUUAGAUAUUUAACAAAGAGAGAUGUGGUCAGUGAGCGCGUUAUUAUGUCUGUUAGUUGCUGGCUGUGUGAAUUCAGAGAACAGCACCCUCAUCGAUGAAGAUGUAUGCGAGGUUGAAGGACCCUUUAGCCUGCUGCUCGAGGAGUGGGCCACUUCGGAACCAGCAACCCAGAGACAAGGUCGUGUGAUGGCUCUGCCGCCGACAAAAGGCUACUACGUCACAGAAAGAAUUGACGGACCCCUAAUGCCCCCACCACUACCACCUGGCCCCCAAACACACCACAAUUCUGGAAGACCAAUACCGCUUCAACCCAAUUCUCCGUACAACAGUGCACCCCCACAGGGGUACAAAGGACCCUAUGGUUACAAAGAGUGGGACACCUCUCCGCCGGCCAAUGGAAAAAUUGUCAACAAGCCCCCUUAUAAAGACAAAUUUAGACCGAGCUAUCAGGCACCACCGUCUCCUCCUAGACCGCAACAGCCCAACUCUAUCGAUCGAGUAGACGACCCACCCCGCAAGCAGGUCACAGAAACAGAUUUGUUCUUGCUAAGCGCCAUCGAAAAACUCGUGUACCGUGCCGACCUUAUGGAGAAACGCUUGAGGAAACUUGAAGAAACUUUGCACUAUAUUGUCGCUGGAAAUGACCCUAAACCAGAACCCUGCGCCGGUAACUACAGUCGUGUAGGCGGAGUCUGUUACGAGUGGUCAACUGAGCCCGCGGACUGGAAAGGCGCCAGCAUCGCCUGUCGGAAGCAAAAAGCUGCCUUGCUUGAACUGCAACACGACGCUGAUAAAAGGCAGCUACUCUCCAAACUGCUCAGCGAUAAGCAAUUCAAAGGCAAAGACUUUUGGACUGGUGGACUAAACCCUGGCUUACUUUGGAUCUGGUCACACUCAGCUAAGCCAGUCGAGGCUUCCAACUCUACCAGUAUCGUUGGCGAGGGCCGCUGUCUGGCGCUCGUGUAUGACCCGGCUAUUAACAACUACGUAUAUCGUGGACAGGACUGCGCACUUAAACAUCGCUACAUAUGCCAAAAGGAAGAAGAUAAAACCAAGCUAAGCAAUGAGGUGCAACGUGUCGCGAGGGAACUUCACGUAGAUAGAACAAGGAAGUCCAAACUGCUUUGGGAUGAAUCGGUGUAAAAUUCUUUAUUGUUUCAAUGACUUCCAAAAGAAUUUAGUAAAAAUCUAAGCGUAAGGGCACCGAAUUAUCGACCUAAUUAAUAUUGAAUAAAGAAAAUGAUGUGAAACAAUAAUGAAAAUAUUUGUGAAAUUGUAUUAUGCGAUAUCUAUUUCAUGAUUGUAAAGCAAAUGUUUAGGUUUUCUCUAAAUUCUAUCGAAAUGAAGCACGUAAUUUACUAUUUAGUACAUAAUUGCUACUACUUUUAGGUCCAUAUUUUAAUUCGUAUGUCAAGACACAAUGUUGUCUUGAGCGCUGUCAAAUGUCAUACUUCAAACAUAAAAAAUGGUUUGACGGCUCUUACCCGGGUAUAUAAGUAUAUUUUCCCAAUUUCAAGUAAUUUAUUUAGUGAUAGUCAAAUCGGUGGUAACCUGUUACACUAAAACCACCAAAUGUCAAAUUAAUUUUCGUAAAUAAGACUAAUUGGUUAGUUAUUGGAUUAUAUGUAAGACUGAAGUAUUAUUUAUAUUAAUUUUAUAUUUAUUAUAAAAAGUAAUAAAUGUGUUAUUAAAACAGUUUUA